CUGGGCUCAGGUGGACCGAAAGAUCAGGCUUAAAACGGGGCCGUUUCGACCGCAGGAGGCAUCAGCCAACACGAGAGGCAGAGAGAGCUCGUGGGCUGCGUUUUGAGACUUAACGAAAUGGCAACUUCAUGAAAACCCGUGAAGAUGGACAGUCCGAAAAGGCGUGUUGCUCAUCGGCAGAAAGAUCCAGAAAGCAGCAAAGUAGAAGGUGACUCGGGAAGCCAGUCGGAUGUGUUCGCCAAAGCACACGAAUUCUUUCGGAUCUGCGAUGUGGAAGGGAAGGGGUUUAUUGCUCGCCAGGACAUGCAGAGACUCCAUGGUGAGUUACCACUUGCUCCUGAAGAGCUGGAGAAAGUAUUUAACACUCUGGAUGCAGAUGGCAAUGGCUCUCUUACUCUAGAAGAAUUCACUACUGGAUUCAGCCAGUUUUUGUCUGGGAGGAAGGAAUCCUUUGCUGAGGUCAGUGAAACUGGCUUUCACCCUAAAUCGAAAGAAAGCGUCGCGGCCGACAAUGAAGAAGAAGAACAGUUUUCAAAUCUCGUGGAACAACUUGGAGCCCAGAAUAUCUUGAAGGAUGAAGACGAUGUGAAGAAACUCUGGUUGCACCUGAGGAAACAUGAGCCUCACCUACUUUCCAAUUUCGAAGAAUUCCUGACAAAAAUCUUCUCUCAGCUCCACGAAGCUGACGAUGAAAAGAACACCUUGGAGUGCGCCCUGCAAAACAAAAUGUCUGCCUACGAUGAUGAAAUCCAGCAUCUGUAUGAAGAAAUGGAGCAGCAGAUCAAAACCGAGAAAGAAAAAGUUGUGUUGGAGGGCGCUGAGAGGUUCCAGUCCCGACAGCAGGAACUGGAACAAAAACUUGUGGAAAAGGAGAAGGAAUUCGAGCAACUGACUCAACGGCAGAAAAUACUGGACACGCAGUGCAAAGAGCUACAGCAUGUGAAGUGCGACACGACCACGGAAAAUACCAAAUUGAGGGUUACUAACCAAGAGCUCCUGAAUUCGCUGGAGAGAACCUCCGAGGAGUUAAUUAUUGCUCAACAGCAGUUGGACAUUCUUCAGGAGGAAGCUAAAAAACUGCAGGAAGAAAAGGAAAUUGAGGUUUGUCGAGUGACAGAAAUAUUAGAGAGGGAGAAAUUAGGACUCCUUAAACAAUUGUAUUUUUUGAGAGAAAGGAACAAACAUCUAAGUGAUCAACGUGACGAACGUCUUCAGCAGAAAUCUGGGUCUGAGGCCCCUGUCCAUCGGAAAGAAAGGUCAGGCUCAAUUAUUGGCAAAUAUAUCGAGAGAAGGAGUUCACUGAAGAGCGAGCCUUCAGAAGACGAGACGUUUAGCGCACCCCAAAUAAGAAGUUCCUUCAGUAUGAAUACGGAUCUUUCAUUAGAUUCCGAGCCCCCUAAGGCCGGGGGGCUGACCCAGAGGAAGCCCUUCAGGAGGCUAAUCUCCAUCGAGGAAGACCAUCUGCCGCAUCUUCUGAAUAGGACAGAGAGGCAGCUAAUACGGUGCUCUGAAGAAGAGGAAGACGAGCGAGGAUCGGGCGUGGACGGAGCCCAAGGGCAGCCACAGGUUGAACAGGCUCGUAUCUCCCCUAGAGAAGAGCCCGUGGGAAAAGAAACCCUGACACAUGACGAAGCAUUCCACACGGCUCCGGAUCGUAUAUUCAAGAUAGUUCUGGUGGGGAAUUCGGCUGUGGGGAAAACGUCCUUUUUAAAGCAAUUCUGCGAAGACCAGUUUUUUCCAGGCACGGCUGCUACCGUCGGUGUGGAUUAUUCCAUGAAAACCGUGAGCUUGGACGGCAGCCAGGUGGUGCUGCAACUCUGGGACACUGCUGGGCAGGAAAGGUAUCGCAGCAUCACGAAGCAGUUCUUCCGGAAGGCCGACGGUGUUGUCGUGAUGUACGACGUAACGGCACAAGUCACUUUUGUGUCUGUAAAGCAGUGGUUGGUGAGCGUCGAGGAGGCCGCUGGAGAGAACAUCCCCAUCCUUUUGCUGGGCAAUAAAGUCGAUAAGGAAAAAGAACGAGAGGUUCCAAAGAGAUUGGGGGAACGUCUAGCUAAGGAUUACAGCAUACUUUUUUAUGAAUGCAGCGCCUUAACAGGGGAGAACACCAAAGCAUCUAUAUUGCACUUGGCCAGGAUUCUAAAAGAGCAGGAAGACAACGAGAAAGAAAAAACUAUUCAGCUUCAGCAACAGCCUAAAAAAACAACGUGCUGUUCCAGGCAAUAAAGCACAGCGUAGAACUCCCUUUAAUAAAUAAACACACAACCCAUUUUCAUCUCUCUUACACUACGGAGUCCUGGAUUAUA